AUGGAAAUAUGUGCAUUUAGUCUGAGAAGUUCAAAUUCUCCUGAACUAAACAAGAAAAAUAAAAAAGUUGUUAAAAUGUGGACAAAACAAGAAGAUAAAUUAUUACUUGAAGGAAUUGCAAAAUAUGGAAGUAAGAAUAGUUGGGAUAAAAUAGCUAUUAUGAUUCCUGGAAGAAAUAGAAAACAAUGUAGAGAACAUUUUCUUAAUAAAUUUAAUAAUAUAAAACAUAGACCAUGGACUAUUGAAGAAGAUAAUGAAAUAUUAAUAAGAAGAAAAGAAUUUGGAAAUAGAUGGACUCAAAUUGCAACAUUUCUUGAUGGUAGAUCUCCAAAUGAUGUAAAAAAUCGUUUUUUUGGGAGACUAAAAUAUCAAAUAACUAAAGAAUUAAAACAAAAUCCUCUUAGUGUUUUUAAGCCAUUAGAUCAUUCACUAUUCUGUGUAAUAUAA